GGUUGUGCAGUGGCCCUCGCCGGCGUGGGCGCUUAUGCCGCCGCCCAGGCUUUCGUGGCCCCGACCGCCCCACAGGUGCAGGAGCAGCGUGAGGUGCGCCAGUUGAGGCAGCAGGCCGCCGCAAGCGUGACCUCCACCACCUCAUCAGCAGCUGCCCUUGCUCUGGGCGCGGCUGGUGUUGCAGCCGCUGCCGCACAGGCCGGCAAGCGAACUCAGCGCCGAUGCCAGGUCGUCCGCCAGGCCACAGCGGUGGCUGAGAAGACCUUCACCAAGAUGCCGGCAUCGGUGAAGCCCGGCGUCGUCACCGGUCAGGCUUUGGUGGACCUGCUGAACUACGCCAAGGAGAACGAGUUCGCGAUUCCGGGAGUGAACGUGGAGCCUUUGGAGGAGAACAUCUCCAUCUGCAAGAAGUACUUGGAGCGCAUGUCGAAGGUGGAUCUUCUCUUGGAGAUGGAGCUGGGUGUGACUGGUGGUGAGGAAGACGGAGUGGACAACACCGAUGUGGACUCCUCCAGGCUUUACACCCAGCCUGAGGAGGUGUGGCAGGUCUACGAGACCCUGUCUGCCGUGCCCAACGGCAGGUUCACCGUGGCGGCAGCCUUCGGCAAUGUCCACGGCGUCUAUGCCCCUGGCAACGUGAGCCUGAAGCCAGUGAUCCUGCACAACACCCAGAAGUUCAUCAAGGAGAAGCUUGGCACCGACGACGACAAGCCGGUGUCUUUCGUGUUCCACGGAGGCUCAGGCUCUUCCUUGGAGGACAUCCGCUAUGCCAUCGAGGCUGGCGUCAUCAAGAUGAACAUCGAUACCGACACUCAGUGGGCUUUCUGGGACGGCAUGAACGAGUACCAGAAGAAGAACAAGGACUACCUCCAAGGCCAGAUCGGCAACCCUGAGGGACCAGAGAAGCCCAACAAGAAGUACUACGACCCUCGCAUGUCCCUCCGAGCGGGUGAGGAGACGAUGGCAGACCGCUUGGUGAAGUGCAUGGAGGACUUGAAGUGCAUCGACCGUCUGUAG